ACGGCGCGGCGUUCGACUACGGACUGCUCUUCUAACGCGCCAUUUGACGGCUCUCCAAGCCCCAAGCCUUGCUUCACCCACAGAACUUGUCUGCACCAUGUCGUUGUGCCCACCUUAUGCACCGUUCUUUGGUUUUGCGGGAGUCGCAUCCUCAAUGAUCUUUAGCACUGUCGGGGCUGCCUUCGGCACUUCGAAAGCUGGUAUUGGCAUCGCAGGUCUCGGUACCUUCAAGCCCGAGCUCAUUAUGAAGUCUCUGAUUCCGGUGGUCAUGUCUGGUAUCAUCGCUGUCUAUGGUCUCGUAGUGUCUGUCUUGAUCGCCGGUGGUCUCAAGCCUACGGAUUACUCACUGUACACCGGCUUCAUUCAUCUGGGCGCAGGCCUUGCUUGUGGCUUUACAGGCCUGGCGGCGGGCUACGCGAUCGGCUACGUAGGAGACUCCUGUGUGCGAGCCUAUGUGUACGAGUCGAGGGUCUUUGUGUCUAUGGUCCUGAUUCUCAUUUUCGGCGAGGUUUUGGGUCUGUAUGGACUCAUUGUUGCUCUAAUCAUGAACUCCAGAGCCUCUGGCUCACAGCAAUGCACUUUCUAGAAAAGGAUACAACUCCAUCCUCCCGCACCCGCAAUCCACAUGCAUAUACCAUGUCAAAUGUCUUGAUGGACAAUACGACACUGUACGCUUUACUUGGUGCGCAAGCACUCUGAAGCAGGAGUCGGAAUGUAUAUAUCAAGACGUUAUUCACGGGAUGUACGCGCUUCUAGAGCUCGCGUUCCCUGUUCUCGGAUAGAGACCUGCGCCUCCCGAUAUCGUCAUUGUCAUGGCUGUAGCCCCUGCGUCUUGGAGUUCGCCUACGACGCUCCCUAGAGCGUGACCUUGAGCUUGAGGAAGAGCUCGAAGAUGAGUCGGAAUCUGAACUACUGCUGUCACUUGAGUCUGAGUCAUUUGAAGAUGAGGUGCUGGAAGAGUCGGACCCGGAGUCAGAAGGCGAGGAGCUCCUUGACCGCCUCAAUCUCUUGCGGGAAGGCUCGCCGUCUUUGUCCCUCGAGCCACUCUCUUUAGCUCGUGCCUUCUCCUUCUCCUCCAGGAGUUUGUUCGCGGUCCCGGGUUUGAGCUUGAACUCCUCGGGGACUUCGACAGAAGGCUUGCCCUCAACCUUCAACUUCGCAAGAAGACGCGGGUUCUCAAGCUGUUGUGUCCGCGACGGCCGUGAGAGAUAAGGGCGCUGUCCUUUACAUUGAUAGGUAAAGUGUCCUGUUCCAAGGCACUUUUGGC